AUGGCUACAGCGACUAAGGAUACAAAGGCCAAGCCUAGCGUCCUGCGCUCCAUCCUUGCGGGCUCCACGGCUGGAGCCGUGGAGAUCGCAAUCACAUAUCCAGCUGAGUUUGCAAAGACCCGCACCCAGCUCAACCGCCGCCUCCCCGAUGGCCAGAAAUUGCCCUGGCCGAAAUUCGGCUCGCAGUGGUACGCCGGGUGCACCACUCUCAUUAUCGGCAAUUCUCUGAAGGCUGGAAUCCGUUUCGUUGCAUUCGACGCCAUCAAGGCGACCCUUCAGGAUGAAAAUGGCAAGAUUUCGGGACCACGAACGGUUGUGGCUGGUUUUGGUGCAGGCUUCACCGAGUCCCUUCUGGCGGUCACUCCAUUUGAGAGUAUCAAGACACAGUUGAUUGACGAUCGAAAGGCGGCAAAGCCCCGCAUGCGUGGCUUUCUCCACGGAAGCCGGAUCAUUUGGCAAGAAAGAGGUAUUCGGGGCUUCUUCCAAGGCUUUGUGCCUACUACAGCACGGCAAGCUGCCAACUCGGCGACACGAUUCACGGCCUAUACCACUUUGAAGCAAUUUGCAGAGGGCUACGUGGCUCCGGGGGAGAAGUUAGGAACCCUGAGUACCUUUGCAAUUGGAGGCAUUGCCGGUAUUAUCACUGUUUACGUAACUCAACCUCUGGAUACCGUCAAGACAAGAAUGCAGUCAAUCGAGGCUAGUAAGAAUUACAAGAAUAGCUUCGCUUGUGCUGCCAGCAUCUUCAAAAAUGAAGGCUUCUUCACCCUCUGGUCUGGCGCUGUCCCUCGACUGGCGCGAUUGAUUCUGAGCGGUGGUAUUGUGUUUACCAUGUAUGAAAAGUCCAUAGAGAUGAUGGAUCUCGUUGACCCUGAUCGAAAGUAUAUCUGA